CCGUAAUCGGUAUGCAGCCCGGCUAUCUGGCACCGCGACCAAGGAGCGGCUCUACAUAAGGCAGAGCGGUGCUCGAGUAUCCACGAUUCAGUCAUGGAGUUCGAGACAUUCUUGAAGGUGGUCACCCUCCUCUUCGGCACGUUGCACCUUCAGCCAGCCUAUGCGGCUGAUGACAAGUGCGACCUCGUUGCAACGACGACGUGCCUCAAAGGAUACAUGAUCGACAUCAACAGCCACAUGCACGACCUGGGAAAUAUGGAAACAAGCAAGAUGGACGCAUACAUAGAGAAUAUGGAAAAGUCGAGAGCUUACCCGGAGAAACCGAAGUGCUUCCGAUGGUCUCACCACUGCGCGGAAAGCGCCACGAAAGAGUACUUGGACAGUGCAGCGUCGACCUACGAGAUCUUUCAAAAAGUGAUCGCCGACAAACAGGCCCUGAAAUCUCUCGCAGAGGCGUACAAGUGCUACGACAGCGACAAAUUCGCCCACUGCGUUACGGGGAUCAUCGAUGAUUUUCUUCGUAUUCCCUUGAAUGCGUCCAAGACCCGUGUCGACGAGCUUCGCAGGAGGGUCACGGAGGCAACGAACACCUGCCUGGUGCCCAAGGGCCAGUGCCCCGCUGCAGCCAAACCUGGCAAAGACAUCGGCCAGAAUCUUCAAAAGGGCUUCUCCGACAUCUGGAGUCAGUGGAGCGGCAACGCAGCUUCGACCGUCAGCUUCACCCUGGGAAGCCUGAUGCUGGUGCUGGCACCGCUGGUCGCCCAGAAACUACUCUGAACUCAUCUAAAUUUGCAUAAUCCUAAUUUAAACAAUGAUCUUGCUUUCACCCUCACGUAUUUUGUCUGCAAAUAAAGAAAUUGCGUUCCCCAAGACCCCACA